GGUUCAGUUUCAGUUUGAGGAAUGCUCCUCUUGACUUGUUGCCCUGUAGUUUUCGGUACAUGCGUACUCCUCCCCGCACACACAGUGUCAGCAGUGUAACUACAGAGUUGCAGAGUCAUGUUGAUGCACACAUUCCUCCUCACCACCACCAGCAGCAGCAGCAGCAGCACCGCAGUCUCUGUAAGUCAGCCCACAGCGACUGCACAUUCACACUUUUAAUGUGAAGAGCUGCACAUCUGCUGGUUUCCUGACAUCGCGUAAAGAUUCAACCAGCCGGGAGGACCUCCUGCUGUCGUGCGGAAAACUCCUCCUGCUGUCGUGCGGAAAACUCCUCCUGCUGUCGUGCGGAAAACUCCCCGGAGUGAUUCCUGUGUUGUUCUCGUGUGUUACGGAGCUUAACAGCUGCUAAACUGAUGCGUCUUUAGGUUAAGCAACACAACAGAAGUCUUUGCCACGAUUCAUUGGAUUGUGCAGUUACACACAUUUGCCAACCACUUCCCCUUUUUUCACGUGGACCGGUAAAUUGCAGAGGAAUCUCUGAAAUGUCAGAAUGGAUAACUUUCAAAAGACUGAAUCCUGUAAAAUCUGGACCUACAGCGAUUUAACGAUCAUGGUCUGACCUGUACUUUGGGAACUCUCUGAUCUUGUCUCAAAGGCUCAGUCAGUCAUGUUGGAGCCUGGAUCUGUGGACGAGGCAGUAUUAUGUGGUUCACUAUCAGUCUGCAAGUUUAUUUACCCGCCGUAUUUGUGCAGAGAAACAUUUAAGCUGAAUGUAUUUUAUGUGGCAACAGAUUUUUUCUCUGGACUUCUUUCUCUACCUGCUGGCUGUUUCCGAGAUCACCAAUGGAUAGUACCGGUGCCUAAUUAUUGGGAAAUGUCUACAAACUGAAUAAACUUAUAUAAACUUGUGUUAUAUUUGAUGCAAAAUGGAGGAACAAAUUGCAUCAGCUCGUCGGAGCCUUCCCAAAGGAAUUUCCCUAUUUGAAAGUCAGACCCCAAUGGGAUAAGAACUAAAAACUGAACAGCUUAUUACUCAGAAACAUUUGGACUACCUCUCUCCAAGAAUGCAUUGCCCCAUGAGGAAGAAACGGCCCACACGGGACUCUGAUUUCUCGGCCAUCGCCGUCCCCUCGAUGCAUGGGUCAGGAUAUCUUGACUACACGGUCGAAACCCAUGCCUCAAGGUCUCUCGAGGUCAUGGAGGAAUUCAGACGGCAGGAGAUGCUGUGUGACCUUGUGCUGCAUGUAACAUACAAGGAAAGGACGGUGGACUUCAAGGUUCACAGGGUGGUGCUGGCCUCCUGUAGUCCAUACUUCAGAGCCAUGUUCACCAGCAGCUUCAAAGAGUGUCGUGCCUCUGAGGUCACUCUGCGCGAUGUCUGCCCCCAGGUGGUGGGAAGACUUAUUGACUUUGCCUACACCUCCCACAUCACAGUGGGAGAGAAGUGCGUGUUGCACGUUCUCAUGGCUGCUAUGAGGUAUCAGAUGGAGGACGUGGCCAAGGCAUGCUGCGAUUUCCUCACUAAGCACCUGGAGCCUGCUAAUGUCAUCGGCAUCGCCCGCUUCGCUGAGGAGAUCGGCUGCUCAGAGCUGCAGCAGCGGAGUCGAGAAUAUAUCAACACGCACUUCAACGAGGUGACGAAAGAAGAUGAGUUCUUCAGCCUCUCUCACUGCCAGCUACUGGAGCUCAUCAGCCAGGACAGCCUCAAGGUGCUCUGCGAGUCUGAGGUGUAUAAGGCCUGCACAGACUGGGUCCGCUGGGAUAUGGAAAGUCGAGCCCAGUACCUGCACGCCCUCCUGAACGCUGUUCAUAUCUACGCACUGCCUCCUAAAUUCCUAAAGAACCAACUCCUGUCCUGCCCCAUCCUCAGCAAGGCCAAUUCCUGUAAGGACUUCCUGUCUAAAAUCUUUCAGGAAAUGACAUUGAGGAAGCUACCUCCUGGCCCUAUUCGCGGCACUCUGCUCAUCUAUGUGGCCGGCGGAUACCGGCAGCAUUCACUGGCCUCAAUGGAGGCUUAUGAUCCCCGGAGGAAUGUGUGGCUGAGGCUGGCUGACAUGGGGGCUGCAUGCAGUGGUCUGGGGGCCUGUGCGCUGUUUGGACUUCUCUACACUGUCGGAGGCAGGAACCUGUCGCUGCAAAACAACAUGGAGUCCAGCGCGCUGUGCUGCUACAACCCGAUGACCAACCAGUGGAGCCAGCGAGCCUGCCUCAACAUCCCAAGGAACCGGGUGGGGGUCGGCGUGGUGGACGGCUGCAUCUAUGCUGUCGGAGGCUCCCAGGGCUCCACACAUCACAACACGGUGGAGAGGUGGGAUCCAGAGUCUAAUCGCUGGUCCUUUGUUUGCCCGAUGUCGGUGGCUCGUUUGGGUGCAGGAGUGGCGGCGUGUGGGGGGGUUCUGUAUGUGGUGGGGGGGUAUGAUGGACAAAACCGCUGGGACACUGCUGAGAAAUACCAGCCCGACACCAACACCUGGCAACAACUGGCACCCAUGACUACUAUACGCAGUGGACUGGGUCUGGUGUCUCUGAACUCCCACCUGUAUGCAAUAGGAGGGUAUGAUGGGCAGAGCCAGCUGUGUUCUAUGGAGCGUUACAAUAUAGCAAGGAACCAAUGGGAGCCCAGGUCCUCCAUGCAGUACUGCCGCAGUGCACACGGAGUCACAGUGCACCAGGGACGCAUCUUUGUCCUCGGAGGCUUUAACCAGAACGGCUUCCUGUCCAGUGUUGAGUGUUACUGCCCAGACAGAAAUGAAUGGACUUGCAUAACGAACAUGCCCGUCGGACGCAGCGGGAUGGGCGUCGCUGUUACCAUGGAGCCCUGUCCCGGCAGCCUGCCAGAACAAGAGGAGGAUGAGGAUGGAGCCACAUGAGGAUGAUGAGUACGAAAUCUGUUGAAGUCUCAAGUGUUGAAUACAAGUGGUGCUGCUUUUCAAGAGAGAGUUAAGUGCAUUCAAUAAAAAAAAACAUUCCAAUAUGAGAACUCCUCACACAUCCCCGCUCUCAUGGAUCUCCUUUGUAUCGUCCCGUGAAGUACUGCAGAUGUAGAUUAUACAGAAACGCUGAAGAGAAAAUGUUUCUACAUCUGCUCGGGAAAACUGUUAGCAUGACAGUGACCUCUCGAUAAACAAGGUGCUACAGAUGUAAUCUUGGAUAAUGGUACUAUUUAAUUUAGUGUUGUUAUCUCUCACCUGUUUCAAUCACUUAGUGUUUUAAAUGGUAAAUUUAAAAAGUGAAUGGCCUUCAGUGUCCUGAUUUCUAAAUCCUCACUCUGUGUUGUAUCACUACCUCUUCUCUGUGUCUCUGUCUAUUUGAGCACUUUUUCUGAUGUGUUUUCAUUGUUUUGUGCCAACACAGUUCCACAUAAAAACUGCCAUUUUUUUUAUUUGGUUGAUUUUGUUGUUUGUCCGUGCAUUCACGAUAUUUAAUUUUGUGUUUCUGAAAAUAAAGUUAAUCAAAUGUG